AUGAAAGAACUGAAGCUUGUAGGAAAAAGCGGAAGUCAAUAUUUUGCAAAUAUUAUAACAUCAAAUGGAGCAUGCUACGAUCGGGGUUCGAGAGCCGUCGUCUCGGGUCUGUUUAGACAUCGCGAUCGAUCACAGGAUUCUUGCAACAUUCAAGCCACUACAUCCGUACCACCUAGGUGCGGACUCAGUCAUAGAGUUAUCACCUACACUUCGAGCCCUUCUCAUAGAAAUCUGGCCAAUCGUCUCCUGUGGCGCACCCAGCCCUACUGUCUUGGAUAG